AUGGUCCGCUUCAAGCACCGUUACCUCCUCGUCUCGCUCAUCUUCCCCGACUCGCUCCUCCCGCCGCAACCAGGCGACGCCGACCCAUUCGCCCCACCGGCCCUGUCCGAGUCGAGCUUGAUCAGCCUCCUGCGGGACAGCCUCGCCGUCAACUUUGGCGAUGUCGGCGCAGGCGAGGUCGGUGGCACCUUCAGCAUCAAGUACCUCUCGCCGUCGACGUCGACCAUGAUCCUGCGCGUCUCGCGCGAGCACCACCGCACCCUGUGGGCCGCUCUCACCCUCUUGCGCAAGGUCGGCGGCGUCGAGUGCGUCGCGCGCGUCGUUCACGUCUCUGGCACGAUCCGCAAGACGCAGCACGCCGCCAUGGCGCACGACCGCGCCGCCAUCCUCCUGUCGGCCUCUCGGGCGCACGCACGCGCUCGGCGACAAGGCGCGGCGACUGCCUCGGCGACGGGCAAGGUCAAGGGCCGGGCGGGCGCGGCGGCGGGCGCGAGCGAGGACAUGGACGGCGCGAGCCUCGACGCAGAGACGGAGCGGCGGCUGCGCGAGAGCGAGGAGCGGAUUGCGGCGAUGGAGGCGUGA